AUGAAUCAUGCAACGACCCCAGCCCCAUCGCAAGUAGCCCUGGCGAUGGCAAUCGUCAAACAUAAGCCCGCAGAUCAAGACAUCAAAGAAUAUAUCCUGCGAAUCCGACAGCACAUAAAAUCGAGCAGGGAAAACACCCACUUCUACCCCCAGGUAAAGUUCUUCGACAGCGUCUCGUUCUGGCAGAAAGCGUACGAGAAGUCCGAGGCGGAGCAGAGCAAACUACUAGAUCGCGUUUUCGAAUUGGAACGUCGAAACGAAGCCCUCGUUGCUAAGCUACAGGUCCAGGAAAAUGAUGCCGGGAAGGACGAGGCAGCCUUGAAACGGAAGACACCUGCGGGGAAGAAUGCCGCGGGAGCAAGGAAACGGACAAGGACGCAGAUUAAUACCGGGAAUUCGAGAACUUUGGAGUAUAGCUACGACUCAGCUGAUAGUUUCGGUGGGAGAUUUGAGUAUAUUGAGGAAGUUACCGGUCCAUUCAUGAGACAGUUCUAUGCGCUGCAAAAGACUUUACAAAAACGACCUAGCAAUGGAGAACUUGCGCGAUCCGCGGUGAUUCUGUGUCAAACAAUUUCCACCGAGAUGAGCAACCUGAGUAGCUAUGAAAGAGUGGCUAGUGGUCGCGCAAAGAAAGUUCCGCUAGAGAGCAAGGACCCUGAUAUACUUGCGGUCUUACAUAGUGUCGACUGCGCUUUCCAGCUUCUUUGUCAGGCCCUGAAAAGACUUUCAGGCUCGUUGAACGAGGCUGGUAUAUUAGUGUAUCAUAUAGUUGAGCUAUAUGAGUCUACCAUGAAUGCUCUACAACAAGAAUGCAAAUCGACAACCGACCAGCUAUCAUGCGACGCAAAGACAAAGACCAAGAUAUCCAAGCCUAAAAAAAGUACAAAGUCGAAACGCCUUGUGCCGAGCCAGUCUACCGGUGCACAGUUAGGCCCUCACAGCGAAUUAGCAGCGCAAAUAACUCGCCUACUCAACAGCAUGGCGAUUUCCCUUGACGUUGCCAGCGCAGGGCACCAGAGUCUACUCGAAGGAUUUCUCUUUGUCCUACUCGGCCGUGUCGGAAAACUGUUGAGCUUGUUUGUUUUCCAAGAUCUACAAUCUCGACCUGAUCUCCAUGCAGAUACCGAGAAACUCCCGACUCCUGCGGGUUUAAAUGAAGUUGAUAUGAAUGAUCAGUCACAGUCUGCAGCGAAAAUGGAAGCAAAGCAUGUCAUCUGGCUUCUAGAGAGAGCGUUAGCUGUUAUGGAUAAUUUCCAGACCUCGGCUCCAACACCACCUUCCCAGAACAUCGGCGUGAAUAGCAUAUUUACUUCAAAGAUUAAGGAGCGACUGCAAAGCACUCUCCUACAAGCGGUUUUUGGGGGAAGUUCCGAAUGGAGGCAUGCUUUGCAACCGACGAACAAGCCAGAUCAGAGAGACCUAGACAGAUUAUUGAAUCAUUCUCAAACUUCCGAACAAACUACCCCGGACUGGUUUAUACAAGAGGUUUGGAGACUACUUGGUUGGGAAAUGCUUGAGAGGAAAUCCGUCUAG